AUGACGAUCUCUGAAGACGUUUGUAAUAAAUCUGAAAUUUUGGCUUCAGCUCACAAUAAAGCAGAGCACAAAGCUGAUCUGCAAGUUGCGAACACCAAUGCAGCUGCUGGUGAAGCUGACUUAUCGACGUAUGGUAAAUUUAUAGCUCUCUAUUCUAGAGACUCUCAAACUAAUCAACUGUAUUGUAUCCAAGAAAAAGGUCGCUCUCAAAUUGCCUUUUAUUGGAGUCAAUUUGUAGAUGAUUUGUAUGCUGCUGAAACAAGACUUGGUAGCCAAUCAGGUAAAGUUAUUGAGUAUAUCAUUCCUCAAGAGAUCGCAGAUAAAUGGACUAACGGCUUAGGUUUACCAGUUAAAAUCUCUGAGUAUCAAAAGGAUAAUGAAAUUCAAACAAGAGGGUGUGUUACGGCUAUUGGGAAAGAAAACUCCUUCAAUGACUGGUUUAUUUUCCAUAUUUUAGAUCACGCAAGAUUACAAAACAAUGAUAAGCUAAUUGUAGAAAAUAAGUCUGGACCCAAAUACGAUGAAGCGUUUGCUGAAUUUUUCGCUGCUAAUCUGAAAAAUGCUGUUAAAGAUGAUCAAUGGGAAGUGAAUGGUCGUGAUUAUUUCUUAAACAAGGUUCGAUAUUUUACUGAUCGGAUGUUGAAAAUCGAAUGUGUUUUACCUGCAUUCCCAUGUAAAUCUUCAAAUGGUGAUAAAGUCCAUAGUACCGUUCCCGAUAAAGGUGAAGAGUUAGCUUUAAGAAGAUUGAUUAAAGCUGCUGAACAAUUUUCUGAAAUAUAUCCUCCUGGACUUAAAUUUUGGAUUGUCAGUGAUGGUCAUGUCUUUUCUGAUUGUAUUGGUGUUGAUGACGAUAUUGUCACACACUAUACUCAUAAAUUACACGAACUGUAUGCCAAUAUUGCUACUCCCGGGACAGAUUAUAUUGGAUUCUGUGGGUUAAAUGAUAUUUUCUUCGAUGGAGUUACCCAAGAGUUAUUUAAUUCCAAAUGGGUUGAAGAUGUUAAAAUAGAACAUUAUACAGGCAGCAAAAUAUGCCCAACUUCUGAUUUAUCUAGGCAAAUCUUAAUGAAAGCAUGUGAUACCGACGACGGUCAUUUAAGAAGAGAUAUAGCUACGGACGGACAUCCAAGAUUACAUCUGUAUAGAGGGUUUUCAAGAUUCAUGAUGGAGGAUUUGAAGAUGUUAUCCCAUUUCAAAGACUCAUCAAGAAAGGGAUUCAAAAAGACUAUUUCGAAAAUUGCUUUCAAUAUGAUUAGAAGAAAUGAUGCUUAUUCUAACUUGGUCGAAUUGAUUUUUCCGCAUCAUAUGAGACUUUCCAUUCAUGCACAUACUAAUUCAGGCCCCAAAUUUGGUAUUAAAGUAAUCUCUAGCGAUCAAUGUAAAAUUAUUAAGACUUUUGAUGGGUUCGAAGAAGAACCUAAAUUUGAAGAUUUAUUACAUAUUCCAACCCCAUGGCACAAUUGUGUUGUCAAAGUGAAGGGGUCAGAGUCGACAAGAGCUCAAUUUUAUUUGACUAAAUCCAAAGUUAUUAAAGAGGCAAUGGAUAAUGGAAUGUUUGAUGGUGGUUGGAAGGGUACAGUUUUUGAAAAAGGUGAAGGUGGUCAUUUUGUUGUACAAAGACGACCAUCACCUGAUGAUACUAGUACUACUAAUGAAACUAAUGAGUAA